AUGAUUACAGUUCCAUUAAAUCCAAAUUCAGUUCAUAUACCAAUGAUUAAUAUUGGAUGUUGUAAAUCAAAAUUUGAUUCAACGUAUCCAAUUCAUUUAAAUGGAAUAAUUAGUAAACAGGAUUUUCAUAAAUCAAUUUCUAGAAUUAAUCGUACAAUUUCAUCAAACAAAAUUUUAAUAUUUCUUUCAAUUAUUUUCUGUGUGAGCAUAAUGGGUGGAAUAAUAGUACUUCAUCAUUUAUCACAUGAAUUUCUUACAAUUGGAAUGAUUCUGAUUAUUUCUGAAUCCAUUCUUUUCGGUAUUGGAUGUUAUAUAAUAAAACUUCAACGCAUUAUACGAAUGCGGCAUGCAAUUGCUGAAGAAUCAAUGAUAUAUUCAUCGAGAUCACCGAUACCAUGUAGUUGGAGAUUAGAUACAAUGACACAUUUUGUUGGAAGAUAUGGAAUUUAUCGUAACAAUCAUCUAGGUUAUCAUUCUUCCACAGAACAAGAAACAUUACCAAAACAAGUUGGAAAUAAAACGGAAUGUAGUUUAUUAGAUUUUGUUGGUGCUCUUGAUGGAAGUUAUGAUGAAAUACCUACACGUUAUUCAGAAGAAAAAUUUGUUCAUGUUUAUACAUUUGAUCAGUGA